AUGUCCAAAUCUGUGCAACUAACAGACCGAAAACCUGAGGACGAAGCAAACCGCAACCUCAUCGCCGCGUCCCUCGCCGCGGCCGGUCUCCCAGAAGACACUGUUCAGACUCCGGAACAGGCCAAGUUCGUCAUGCCAAUGCUAUCAAACGACGCCGGCGCCACCGGCACCACGGGCCAUGCCUUGCAGAAAUCCCCGGCUACUGUGCGAGAGCGACUGGGUGCCGAGGCAGCGGGGAAGCUAAACGAGUGCAGAAGCGAAGCGGGGUUCAACCAAGACUGCAACACUCCAGAUGCAGCCGCCGAGUGA